AUGGCAAUACCAAUGUGGUGCCGUAGCACCCAGGGGUCUGGUGCUCGGAACGGGGAAGGGAGGAACAGGUUUGGCGAGGCGACGCCGCUGCAGCUUGAAAGCAUCGGGAAAGUCAAAGGGUUUAAGCGCGAAGAAAACGAGGGCGAGACGGGCGGCGUCGCAAGUCCGAGUAUCAUGUGGUCACGUAUUCGUUACUUUUACAUUUUUAAUGAGCUGAGAGAAAUGUUUGUAUAUGAAAUAACUAGCGUGCCCAUGCUCAUCUGCGUCCCGGGCUCCGUGGCGGGAGGGGCGCUGACGGAGCGCGUGGGGCCGCGGCGCCUGCAGAUGGCGCUGUGUCCGGUCCUCGCGCUCGCCUUCCUCGGGAUGCCGGCGGCCGCGUGGGUCUGCGCCCGGGAGUCAGAUUACCUGCAAGGGCUCUUGAUCUUAUGCCGUGUCAUUCAGGUAAAAGUACUGCCCUUUGGAAUUUCAAGCUUCAGGAUUUAUGUGUUGCAUCUGAUGUCGCACAUUGCCCCAUUGGCCCACCGACCGGAUGAGGCAGACUUAAAUUGCAUGCUUUACAUUGCAUGUUUCUGGACAGUGACAUCAAUUGCAUGCUUUAAAUUGCAUGUUUCUGGACUAAUCUUGUCAUUAGUAAAUCAGACUACAAUGCAUUUAAAACGGCCGUGGCCCUUCUCACAAACGGUUCAGUCAGGAAGGUCGUUAGGGCCAAUUUAUAAACAAAUUACAGACCCCAGGGGCCUGGUGGUGGCGCUGCUGUACCCUGCGGUCCACAUCUACCCGUGUGAGAUCGCCGACCCGCGGCGCCGAGGGACGCUGGGCAGCCUCAUCCAAGUGUGGGCUUCGAUUGGGUACUUGCUGUGCUAUGUCUUGGGUCGCUACUUGUCCUGGAUUUCUCUAGCGGUUGCGCUGCCGAUGGUGACUCUGCUCCCCGGCUUCUUGGGCUUGACUUUGGCUCCUGAGUCGCCUCUGUGGCUAGCGAGGCAAGGGAAGCCCGAGGAGGCAAGAGCAGCGUUGCAGUGCCUUCGAGUGUCCGAGGAAGAAGUAUCGAGUGCCAUCUGCGCGGUCGUGCAGAUCGAGGAGGACAGGACGCAGUUGCGUGCCGUACUCCAGAGUCCCCAGAAGAAAAUGUACUUCGUGCCCAUCCUCGUUUCCGUAAUGGUAUUCGUAAUGACUCAGUUCACGGGCCAGAUUGUCAUUUCUGCCAAUGCUGUUCGCAUAUUCCGAUCGGCAGAGGUCGGACUAAGUCCCUCAUUAAGUUCUAUUUUAGUCGGGACAACUCGACUAACUUUUUGCGCCAUGGGGUCCCUUUUGCUGUACCGCGUGCCUCGGAAAACACUUCUGGUUGCAGGAAAUGCGGUGGCUGGAGUUGCCCUGCUUUCAAUUGCAACAUUCUUCUUCAUGCGAAGCAGAGAGUACGACACAUCUGGGCUGAACUGGCUUCCACUAGGAAGUCUGAUGCUCUAUAUGGUCGCCUUUUCCAUCGGCAUUGGGCCGGCGAGCUCUCUCCUGCACGUGGAGGUGCUUCCGGGCCCCGUCAGAUCGGUUGGCAGCAGCGUGGCAGCCACAUGCUUCUUUGCCUCAAUAUUCCUGGUUACUAAAACCUUCGAUGACGUCGAGGCUGCAUUCGGUCUACACAGUGUCUUCUAUGCAUAUGCACUUGGCUGCGCUGUGUUCUGCAUUCUAGUAAUAUCCUGGGUACCCGAGACGAAGGACCGCUCGCUUGGGGAAAUAGAAAACAUCUGGAAAAUGAAAUACGGAGAUUUUCAGACAGAGGCUACGGAAGCAUCGAGUCAAGUGUUACUGCCCAAAAUGCAAGCAUCUCAGAACAUUGGCUCUCUGAAGGGGAAUCCUAUUUGAUUACCCUUUUACCUUGAAAAUUAGAAAAUUUCACAGGC